CCCCGCGGCACCCCAGCGGCUGGCUGGGCCGACCUCUCCCGCGGCCGUGUCCCGUUCUCCUCAGGCAUCUGACCCGCGCCCCGCCCCCCACGAGCUGAGGGGCGCCGCGGCACCAGCCCCGCCCCGGUCAGGGCCUCCGGGCCGCGCCCCGCCGGCUCCCCGCUCCCCUCCCGGCCAGCGGCUCCCUGGGCCCCACCCCUCCCCUUCGCAGCGUGUCCCCGCCGCCUCGCCCAGCCGCGCUGCGCGGGGGAAUGGGCGGUCCCGGCCCUUAGCCCCCCCCCCCUCCUCAGCUGCGGCUGCUCCGAGCGUCUGGCUGGCCGCCGCCCGCUGCUAGGGGCGCUGGUGGGGUCCCUGGGGCUGUGAGUGCCGAUCCCGUCCCCAGCAGCCAUGUCCGGGGUGGUGCGGACCCUGAGCCGCUGCCUGCUGCCGGCCGAAGCCACCAGCCGCGGGGAGCCGCGGCGGGAGGGCAAGGAGCGGGGCCGGGACUCGGAGCGGGAGGCGCGGCGGCGGAGCCGGGAGAUCGACGCGAUGCUGGCCCGGGAGCGGCGCGCCGUGCGCCGCCUGGUCAAGAUCCUGCUGCUGGGCGCCGGCGAGAGCGGCAAGUCCACUUUCCUCAAGCAGAUGCGGAUCAUCCACGGCCGCGAGUUCGACCAGAAGGCGCUGCUGGAGUUCCGGGCCAUCAUCUACGAGAACAUGGUCAAGGGCUGCAAGGUUCUCGUUGAUGCACGGGACAAACUAGGGAUUCCUUGGCAGUACACGGAGAACGAGAAGCAUGGAAUGUUUUUGAUGGCUUUUGAAAACAAAGCUGGAAUGCCUAUAGAGCCUGCCACCUUCCAGUUGUAUGUACCUGCACUGAGCGCACUGUGGAGGGAUUCUGGGAUCAAGGAAGCUUUUAGCCGUCGGAGCGAGUAUCAGCUGGGUGAAUCGGUGAAAUACUUCCUGGAUAACCUGGAUCGGAUUGGCCAGCUGAAUUAUUUCCCCAGCAAACAAGAUAUUCUGUUGGCCAGAAAAGCCACCAAGGGGAUCGUAGAGCAUGACUUCAUCAUUAAAAAAAUCCCUUUCAAGAUGGUGGAUGUGGGUGGACAGAGGUCUCAGCGUCAGAAGUGGUUCCAGUGCUUUGAUGGGAUAACUUCUAUUUUGUUCAUGGUUUCCUCCAGUGAAUAUGACCAGGUUCUCAUGGAAGACAGACGCACAAACAGACUGGUGGAGUCCAUGAACAUCUUUGAGACAAUAGUCAAUAACAAGCUCUUCUUUAAUGUUUCUAUCAUCCUAUUCCUGAACAAAAUGGAUCUCCUUGUAGAGAAGGUAAAGACAGUCAGCAUUAAGAAGUAUUUCUCAGACUUCAAGGGUGAUCCUCACAGGCUAGAAGAUGUUCAGCGUUACUUGGUGCAGUGUUUUGACAGAAAGCGCCGGAACCGCAGUAAGCCACUCUUCCAUCAUUUCACAACUGCCAUAGACACUGAAAAUAUCCGCUUCGUGUUUCAUGCAGUGAAGGACACAAUCCUUCAAGAGAAUCUGAAGGAUAUUAUGUUGCAGUGAAGAAGAGUACCCCUUGUCUUGUUGAAAUCUACCCAGGGGUUAUAAGUCAAGCUUUUAUUUUAUCUUUAUGGCUCUUGUGUGUGGUUUUAGGACCCAUGCUAUUCACUUGGCUCAGGAAUGCUGAAACUCGCCAGUCAUGGAGGCAGAAGGAGUCAAACAUUGAUGUUAGCUACUGAAUCAUUUGACGAGUAACACUACUGAAAAAAGUGGCCGUUGUAGGGUUUGACACCUAGUUUGGAAAGUUGAAUAACACAGUCACCUUCCUAUCUUAGAAAAAUCUAACUUUGACAAACUAUGUAAGGAAGACUUUUAAUGAAAACUGUUGUUUUGCAAGGACAGUAACUGUACAGACUGCCUUUCUCUGCAGUUUGGAGGUGCUGAGUUAACCAGUCAAACUAAUGUAAAUUAUAAUGAGGUUGGUAGUUGUACUAGAGAAUAAAUGGCAAUAUAUUAAUCACAAUUCCACAUGUAAUCUUUAAAUAUGUAACCAGAUCUUGCUUGCAUGUGCAGUGUUUGCCAAGGAUCUGGAGUCCACUUAUCAGUGUGGAUGCACAACUCUUGUCUGAAGGUCUUGCAUCAGUCUCUUGAGACAUGCAAGUCUAGGACUAUAAAUGAAAUGCAGUAGAACUAUAAAUGAAACCCACCAGGCUAUAUGAGUCCUCUGUCCUGACACUCUGAAGUCAAAUGGAGGAGAAAAUUAAGGCCUGGCUGAUGAGGACAAGAUUUUGUUUUGCACUACAUAUACAGUGUCUUACAUCAUGGGAAACUGACUUCCACAGUAAUACGGUUUGAGGCAUGUACUAGAACAUCUGACCACAUAUCUGCACAUAGUGGGUGCUCUAGUGAGGUGUCAUUUAUGGAAAUUCAUCACUGUUCUCACACCUGCAGCUGGCAGUAUUUGUAAAGCUCCAGUCUCUCAGAUCACAGGGCUUUAUCUGUCUCCAAAUGUGUGGAAGCUGAUUAAACUGUUUAGCAAAAUAUUUGGUGGUAGAGCAGCUGCUUGAUUACUUCCUAACAGCUGACCUUACACUUCUUACACAAGAAGAGCCAGCACUCUUGAGAUCCCAAUUUUACAGCUGCACUGGUACAUUUGGACAGCAGGACCCUGCUGUAAACUAGCCCAUUUUUAAUCUGUUAAUGGGAUCUUUAGCCUAUAUUAAUUUAUAUAUAGUAUGUGUAAACUGUCAAAAUUAGUUGCCCAUUUCAGGCGAUGGUAUACAUGUGUGAAAUUGCAAGAGGCUGUGAAUAAUGUUGAUGUGAACUGUUGACUUUCUAGCUCUCUAAACUUACGUAGUUAACUAUCAGGUGCCUUUCUUUGUGUACAGAUAAUUCCAACCUUGUCGUCUACAAUGAGGUACAUAAACAAAAUUUAAGAUCUGCCUUUUAUUUCAAUGCUGUAGUCUUUUUUUUUUCUUGCCAGGGAACUUUCAAACACAAAUGUUUAUUGUGCAAUUGGUACCAUAGUUUGAUUUUAUUAAAAAAAAAAAAAAAAAAUCAGAAGGGCUUUCUCUAACUAGACCAAGUCAGUCGCAUCUCUGUAGUUCUUGUCCCCUUUAAAACUGUAAUGACAUGUCAAAAAAGGAACACUUCAGCAUUUAAUCCCAAGAGAAAUGCUGGUCUAAAAAGAACCCUGCUCUGGAGUUUUCACGUGUUUAACUUGGAUAAAAUCUAGAAUCCUUCUUUUUGUGGCUUGCAGAAGUUCAUUUCUCUGUGUGCAGUAUACGCAGCUUCUUAAUGCAGAAAUCUGCUGCCCUUGUAGCUUUUUGUGCUGGCUUCAGGAGUGAAAAGGAUGUGGUUGUAUUCUAGUUAUAUAUAAUGCAUAUAAAAUGUUUGGUGAAGUAAACCAGUAAGGAGCUACAGAUAGGAAAAAUUUAUUUAUUUUAAAAUUACACUUCCACUACUUCUCAAAUGUAAACAGAAGUUAAUUGUCUAGUUAGAAAAGUCUUACUCACCAUGGACCAAUUUUACUUUUUUUUAACAUUUAGUGAUAUAUAUAUAUUUUUUUUUAAUAUCAAGUCCUGUCUUGAAUGUUCUGCAUUGUUACAGAUGAGGAUUCUGUUACGGUAAUUGCAUUUGGAAAGGUAAAUGCUUCAACAUGAGGUGUUACAAAUUGUGGCUUAAGGGUCUAGAGGAAUAUAUUUCUUCUGGGCGUGCCUCUUUAUUUGGUUAAACGAGAUCUAAAGGUGUUUACUCUUCAUUACUUAAGCAUUCAGAUACUGUAUUUAGACUUUGCAGUAGUUUCUAUUCAACAGAAGGCUUUAGAGCUAUAGCAGGUCAACUCAAACUGCCUAACUUCCCAGUUGAUUCUUUCUGUUCUUCAUUAUUUUACUGAGUAUUCUAUUUGGAAUAAUGUGCUGCCCAUUUAACUCUUGAGAAAACAUUCCCUUUUUAGAACCAGAUAUUAUUGAAAAGUUACCUCGGUUUUACAUAUGAAGCCUGUCGUAGCUUUAACUGCAGUACUGGAGCAUGAGGCUGCUCUUCUUUUUAACGCACAUUUGAGGUCUUUUAUUCUUGGUCACCUUAUUGAUUUUUAAAAGAACUGAGCUAAUGAAUAUGAGGUUCUCCAAAGCAACUCUCAUUGUUACAGUUGCACCCUGAAAAAUAGCAGCAUGCAUUUCCAUGUUUAAUAUCGACAAUUCUUAACAAGUUUCAUUUUUUUGUAAUAGUAGUAAAACAACCAGUUCUUCUGGCAUGCUGUGACUGCUCUGUACCAUAAAGUUGGCCUGUUAGGUCCCUAGGAGGAAGGUAGGGACAUAGGGCUGCAUGAUCAUGAUGCCCCUAGACUGCAUCAAUCCUCAGGUGCUGUUUUGUCCCCUUGGGGCCAUUAGGUGUAAGAGCAGCCUAGCUUUGGUAUGGGACCAUCCCUUCACACAGUAGCCCUGUGAUUGAGGAAAUGCAGAGGAGAAUUUUUUGUGCACAGGUCAUGAAGCACAAGUCAGAAUAGGGCUUUGCACCUCUCAGCCAUAGCUAAGGAUCUAGCUCAUGUUUUACUCACUGCAAGCCCUGUGUAUUCUAAGGCUCUGUAAUGUAAGACGCUUUCUUGCUCAAGCAUUAUCAUCCAACCAUCAAGACUUUAUAGUUGGUUAACAGUUUUGAUGAGGGAACUAGAAAACAAUUCAGGUCAGUAUUCCAUAGCUAUAUUAAUUCUGCAAAACAAAGAGCGGUAAAAAAUAGCAAACUUGUCUUUGUCAAAAGUAAUCAAUAUGGCUCUGUAUUUGUAAAUGGAAAAUGUAAUUUAGUCACUCUUCUGACCAUAACGACAAACAAAAAUUAGACUGGAAUAUGAUGUGCUUAACUACUUUAACGCAAAAUGAGACACCUUGAUGUAAGUUGACACUAUGCCAUAUUACUGACUGCUUCAAGGAUUCAAGUGCACCACUGUUUUUAGUGCAAUACUUAAAUUAGUUUGAAACAGGUUUGAGUGGACCUGUGUCUUUGUUUGGUGCAUGAUUAAACCAUCUUAAGAGUAGUUUGGAGACACUAGCUAUCUACUGUGUUAGGUGAAUAUACACCUUUCAGGUGUAGUUAUAACAUGCAUUGUCCAGUUAUAGCGUGAAACUUCAUUGAAAGUUUCCACUAGAAAAUCUAAAUAACCUCAAUCCAGCAAGAUUUCCUCUUGCGAAGACACACACAUUCUAAAGUGGUAAAUACAUUUACCUGGCUACGACAUACUUUUAAAUUCAAGCCCUACUGGAUUCCCCUAUGUAAAAAUAGUACAAUAAAGCUAGUCAUCUGUGGUACUAGUAAUUACUAGUGCAGAAUUCAAAAGGUACUACCCAGUAUUGUGCAACAAUCUUUAGCCAGACUUGGUGAUCUGCUCAAUUCUUUUGCAAGAAACAACUAAUAAUUGUAUUUUACAGUGACAUCAUGAAGACGUUUGCGAGGGACAGCUUUUUUAUAAACUUCAUAAGUUAUUGUUCAACUGACUAGUCAGGAAAUGGGUCACAGGCAGGCCUACAAUCAGGUGGAGGCCUUGAACAUAUGCUUUUAAAAAAAAAAAGCUCUUCGCUCUCCCUCAUUUGUCCCAUGCAGGUCACUGACAAGGGUCCUCUGUUGUUUUGUCUCCAGCAAGGACAAAGAGGAAAUGCUUGCAGCAUGUUUAAGCAGGAGAGCCCUAUAAUGUGAUGUACUAUCAGUUUUAUAAAAGUGGCAGAUGGGAGCCUAUACUGAAAAUCAUGUUGGUAUCUUGUGUCAAAGCCAAUGUUUUGAAGACUCAUUCAGGUCACCAGCAGGUGCCUUUCCCUCAAAGUAGCUAACCAAUAAGUUGCUCUUUGAAUUAGCUACCUACAAGGCAGUAACUGCUCUAGAAUUACCAAGUGAAUUGGGCUUAAACAAUUUUAUCUUUAAAAUUUUACAUUAUAAUUGUUGAUAAACUACAUGUUUAAUAGGUAACUGCUAUUUUUAACAACCCAUUGAACAAUAUUCUUGAGAUGUAGGGGGAACAUAAGGUAUUGUGGUGACAGAUUUAAUGGAGUUGAUUAACAGCUGCUCUAUUUUAAAUGACAACUCUUAAGAAUGUCUAGUUUCCAUUGUCACUACACAUCUGAAUCUCAUUCCCUGUAAUACAGCACAGUAGGCUGUUUGAGCUUGCCAACUUCAUAGUAAAUUACCUGUUUAAAAUUGUGCUGUCAAACCUAGAACUGUGCUGCUAAUAUGUCUGAAGGAGCUUCCAAUGACUCGCAUUUCUGCAGGCUUUUCAAAGCUAACUAAAGGGUUAACAGAUUUGCUAUCUUAAGUUCAAACAGAGUGGAGAGCAUUUGUGUAGCUCAGAGAUUUUGGUAUGGCAGGAGCUAUAGUUUAAACAGUGUGGAAGGAGCUGAUCGGGCCAAAGACUAAAAUUUCACUGUGACAGCAGCUGAAAUGGAGUCUGGGACAUGUGAAACGCAUCCCAUCAGUCCAUCCACAACACUGAUUUCCCCUUUCCGCCCAGGAUAGCGUCACAAGUUUUUUAGGUGUGUUAUGAGGCGGUACCUAGAGUAAUCAGCAUUUAAUUGAGUCUGUCCAGCUUACUUGUAUCUUGUGUAUGGGUUUCUUCCCUUCCCUACUUCUGUGAUGGUCUUUCAAUUUAGUGCUGGUCCUCUAGUGCUCUGUAAAGAUUUAUAAUGGGUGUGUUUUAUUACUGUUCAUGUGAAGCCCAUUUUCUCUGGGCUUUUUCCAGAGUUGUUUAAAGUGGGGGGCAAUGUUGAAUCUCUGCAAGCCUUAUUCUGGAUGAAUCACUUUUAUUUCUUCCUUUAAAAUAUCUUGGCUGAUUGUAGCUGUCAUACUUCUAGGCUGAGGCUGCUUAAUUAACUGACUAGCAAGAAAUGAUGCCUUUGACCAACUGCCCCCAUGCCCUCAAAAUCCAACCAUGCACUCGAGCUCUACCUCCCUGGAGAACAGGUGCUACAAAAUUGCUUCUAAGCUGAUGUUCUGAAGCUCGGCUUCCCCAUUAAUAGGCCACUUGGUACUGAACAGUCCUGGUGAAUGGACAGAAGCACAGGGGUAUCCUGUAAGGAAUUUUCCUGGUCAAUGAAAUUGCAGCAUGGAGACUGAGCCAUUGAAGGGAUUAGCAACCCUUUUGUGCCACGCAUUUAUCCUGUCCUUAGACAAACUAAGGCCCAUGUUCAUUUCCAUUUGUGCCCUAAACUUGCCAGGGAACAGCACUUUGACUCCACUUGAUAAAGAUAAUAUCGAUAUGGCCUUUCUGUUUGCACCAAUGAACAGGGCAGUGGCACUGGGACCUAUUAUGUAAUUCCAGGCUAUGCCCACAACAGUAAGUUGUUCAGUCCUCUAGCUCUUGUUGCUUUGACAGUAGGUAAAAUGUAAAUGCUCCUCACUUGAUAUGCCCCUCUUGCAUUUGAUCGUGAAAAUCCCUUGAAAUAGCUGAACUUACUUGUUUAGCAGCCUAGAGAACAGCCCCCACCCUUGUUUGAUUGCAGUAACAAAACAUGCCGUCUGCUUUGCAUUCUCCAUAUAGUUGCCUUUGUGAGCAGUGAUGCUACGUGGUGGGGCCUUGAUUCUUUUCUUAACUUAGAAGGAAGUUGCAUGCAGAAAACUUCCCUCAGGUGUUUAAGGUGGCCUUUAUACACAACUUCUGAAUGGAAUGAGCCUUGAGGCCUGCAUGAUGUUUGAUGGUUAUCAACAGAUGUUCACGUCAGAACAGCUCUUGGUGCUGUCAAGCAACCGGCUGUAUGCCAUCCUGGGGCAAUAAAAACUACACAAACAAACAUGGAUUUUUUAAAGUGCAACUUGCUAUAAAUCAAAUGCUGAUCUCCCAAGAUAAAAGCAGUACCUAUUUUUGAAGCUAGUAUUAGUCUCUUCCCCAUAUCAGUUGUCCAGUAUGCACUAAACAAAGUGGUGUAGUGAGGUUGUACGCCUGAGACCUGAUCAACCCCUCCCCCCAUGUUAAAGGAGCCUGGUGUUCAGAUUGCACUUCCAUUGUGAGCCCAACUGUUUACAGGUGUGUCCCUUCUCCCUUACUCUUUAACACAAUAAAAGUUGGUGGAUAGAAAGAUACUUCAGCUCCUGUAAAGCAAUUACCCUCUUUGGUAAGGGAAUUAUUAUCUAAGGAUUUCCACAAUGGCUGCUUCUUGGAAGACGUGUUCCUAGGACAGAUCUUUAAGAUUGGCUUCGUCAGUGCCAGUCUUAAACUGAAUAAGCAUGAAGUCCCCUCCACUCUCACUUCUGAAUGUUCCAGCCUGAGAGUGAGAGAUGUUGACAGGACAAUGCAGCACCUGCCUCCAUGCUUGGGUUGCUGCUGUCAGUGCUGAGUAUUUCUUGUGGCUAGCUGGAGGGAUCCCCCACUUGGUGCUGUAAAUCGGAUUUAUUUUUUUUUGUGAGCACUAAAUUCACUUUGUUUUUUAAACAAUGACACUAAAUUGUUUAACACAAAUGGGGAUGAAGGGCAGCUAGGCUAGUCAGAACUGAGGCUGGUUCUCUGUUAACUAAUCGAGUGGUGCCUCUGUGUGAGUCAGUUUAGUCUUGACUCCAAAUUGCUUGGCCCUUUGUAAGUCUGUAUCUCUUUUUAAUGGUAUCUUUAAAAGCAGUGUUUAGGUUUCUGUCUCUGUGUGACAUGCUUGCCUUUCCGUGUGUGGGGGAGGGAGACGUGGGACGGCUCCAGUGCCAGGAGUUCUGUGGCUGCCUUGCUGUACUCUGUAAACUACUAUAGUCUGGCUCUUGGCGUGUGUCCAUGGUUCAUCUGAUUGACUUGGAAAUAACCACAGUCAGAAGGAAAGAGCUGCACUGAUGUCGUCCAAGAUGGACUUUCUGGUGAACAGCCCAAGGGUAUUGGGGGGCGGAGGGGGGAGGAGAGAGAGCGGCAAUCUAGUUUCUAAAUAGAUCCCAAAUGCUUCUGCUUAAAUACUGUCUGUAUAUUGAAACAAAAUGCAAUCAGUAGUCAGUUCAUAUUCUUUGAGAACUGUCUCCAGGAAAGCUAUUUGGCUGAGUAUCUACCAGCACAUUGGCACAGCUGUAGCUGUGUGCACUUCCAUUAUAAACCUUUGUUUCCAACCGUUUGUAACUGGGUCCUAUAAACUCAAUCCCUCCUAACUUGUGACAUGCAAGCCUCUUGUCAGCAUGCCUUCCCCCAAUUUAAAAACUAGUUAGCCUUGCUUUGAGGUAUUAAAUUGUGAGGAGUAUGCAGAGACAACAGCUUUAAAGGGGACAGAUUGCUUCAGGUUACUUUGAGACAUGAGGGCAUCUUGUUCAAAACCAGCUGUUGCUCUUACAGUACGGCUUCACACAGACAUAUGUUAAACUCACAUGCUUGGCACAAUAGUGAGUAAAUGAUCUUUCAACAAUCCACAGGAUUUAAAGGUCCUGUGGUAAACUCUGCUUUGUAAGUUGUGUUUCAGUUCAUAGACAUUAGUCUGUUGGAUAAAGCGCAUUUUUCCAGAUAAGCCUGUUCUGUUGUUUGAAUUUGCCCAAUAGACUAGAAUAGCGAAUACACCUUUUUAUUAAUGACUGACUGCACACAACAAUGUCUCUAAAACCCUUGCUUAAAAAUUGGCCAAGUGUGGUGUUACUCUUUUAAACAAGCUGUCUGAUUUUUUUUUUAUUUGAUAUGAAUCACAUACAAAUGAAAUGAUUAUGGCUAUGAGUGCCACACAGGUCACAGAUUCUGUGAUUUUAACACAGGUCUCUGAGUUCUUUGGCUUCAGCCCUGCUUGGGCUUCAGCCCUGCACGGCAGAGCUCAGGUUUCAGCAUGAUUUAUUGUUUAUCACCUGCAUCCUAUCUGUGACUUUGAAUAAAAAUACCUUUGCCAAAAUCAUAGCUGUAGAAAUGACAAAACACUCGUUAAUUUUGUGACACAAUCCUGUAUCUUGGAAAUCGAUUUUAAAAUAUUACCUUCUCUGCUAUAACGCCCUGUGGUGCCUAGGUAUUGUAACACACAUACUAUGCAAUAUCAUACGACUAGUUUUAAACCAGUUUGCUGCAUUGGGCAGGAAAGGCCUGAGUUUAGCCUUAAUUUCUAACAAUUCACAUAAAACUUCUUUUUAAAGACGGUGACGAACUAAAAUAAGUUGAGGUGAAAAAGGCAUUGCUCAUGUAAGUGUCUUUGUAGAACCAAAACAGCAUGCACCAUACAAGCGGCCUAUUUGCUGUGAUAGUCUCAACUUAUGAAAACUGUGUACUAGAUAAAAUUAUAUUGUGAUGUGUAAAAAGUGUAUUUUAUAGUUUUGGUGAAUUAGUUUACUGUUUUGUAUAUAUGAAUUUUAUAAAUAUUAAAACUUGACUUGUUAUACUGUUCA